CGGCAUGACAGUGCAACAGUAGAGUCUCCACUUCACGGCACUAACUCUGAGCUAUCUCCACUGAGCUGUGUCACUACAGAGAGUCAGAGCAGCAGUAACAGAGAGCGCUGGGCUGGAGAGGAACAGGGAGUCAGGACUGGAGUGCUGGGAAGAAGACAGAAGAGUUUGACAGAGCUCUGGGAGGAGGGGCAAUCGAGAGCGUGAAGAAGAAGCAGAGGAGUCAGGAGUCUGAGGAUGCACGGAGCAAGCAGGACGAGCUGCUGAGCGAGCAGCCUGGGCACAUUUACUCACACACACACAUCCUCACACACUUCCCAAGGAAGGACAGUGCGUUGUGCCCCCAGUGGAGGAUGAAGAAGCACUCAGCCCGAGUGGCUCCUCUCAGCUCGUACAGCACCCAGGUCCUCACCUGCCCCAUCUCUGAAGGAGAGGAUGGCUCAGAGUCUCAUGCAGAGACACCGGGCAGCGAGACCAGUGAAGAGAGCCGGUCCUAUCAGACAUGUACCCACACGGCUCUGAAGGUGCUGGGGGGUCUGCUGCUGGUGCUGUGCGUCUCCUCCUCCUGGGUGGGUACCACUCAGGUGGUAAAGCUGACCUUCCAGUCGUUCUCCUGUCCUUUCUUCAUCUCCUGGUUCAGCAGCAACUGGAACAUCCUCUUCUUCCCCAUCUACUACUCUGGACUGGUGGUUACUACAAGGGAGAAGCAGACUCCCAUACAGAAAUUCAGGGAGUGCAGCAAGCUCUUUGGGGAGGAUGGGAUGACUCUCAAGCUUUUCGUAAAGAGGACAGCCCCCUUCUCGAUCCUGUGGACGCUGACCAACUACCUUUACCUCAUGGCGUUGAAGAAACUGACCGCAACUGAUGUCUCUGCGCUCUACUGCUGCCACAAGGCUUUCGUCUUUCUUUUGUCCUGGAUUGUUCUCAAGGACCGUUUCAUGGGGGUUCGGAUUGUGGCAGCUAUCAUGGCCAUCACAGGUAUUGUCAUGAUGGCUUAUGCUGAUGGUUUCCAUGGCGAUUCUUUUGUGGGUGUGGCAUUAGCUGUGGGCUCGGCCUCCACAUCAGCUCUUUACAAGGUGCUGUUCAAGAUGUUUCUGGGAAGUGCAAACCUUGGAGAAGUGGCUCACUUCCUUUCCACCAUGGGCUUCUUCAACCUCAUCUUCAUCUCCUGUGUGCCCCUCAUCCUCUACUUCACCAAGGUGGAGCACUUGGGCUCACUGUCCUCCCUGCCCUGGGGAUACCUGUGUGGACUGGCAGGACUGUGGCUGGUUUUCAACAUCUUGGUGCAUGUUGGUGUGGUGCUGACGUACCCCAUUCUCAUCUCCAUAGGGACACUCCUCAGUGUGCCGGGCAAUGCAGCCGUUGAUGUUUUGAAACAUGAGGUGAUCUUCAGUGUGGUGCGCCUGGCAGCCACCUGCAUCAUCUGCCUGGGCUUCUUGCUCCUGCUGCUGCCUGAGGAGUGGGACUCAGUCACGCUGCGUUUCCUGGCCACCAUCGCAGACAAGAAGACGGAGGAACAUGGCGAGGAGCUCACAGACUCCAGCGUCCACACACGAAGCCGCAGUCGGGCAAACGGCACUGUCUCUAUUCCCUUGGCAUGACAUGGCUGAGCUCUGCUAGUAGCCUGUGUUAACCAGUCUUUAAGCCCUGUCUGCAAAUGUUCCUCCAUGGUGUGGAGGUGUGACGGGAUUUUUGGUCCACGAGGACUUUAUCAGGGAGACAGGAAGUAUUGUCUUGAACUUCACUCUGGAGAUCUCUCACUAAAUCACUUCACAACAGGAGGGGGGGGAAGGAAGACAUUUAUGGAAACUGUUAUUCCUGAUGCUCAGUCCUGUUCCUCGCACGCACCCAAAACAAGAGCUGACUGACCUCCCCUCACCUGCUCUGCGGACUGUAUUCUGUGAAUAUAAAUAUUAACAUGGCCAAUUUGGCUUAAUCUUAUAUGUAUUUAUGAUAUUUAUUUAGAGCUUUAUCAAUAAGAGUAUUAUUUGGAAUCUUAUUGAAUAGUAUUAUAUACAAGAAUGGCAGUUAUACUAUGCUUAAUGUACAGGCUCUUUUGGUUUUGUAAUAAAAGACUUAAAACUCACAUUU